UAGUAACCGAUAAUAAUAAUAAACAAUUUUCGUUAUCAACAAUUCCAAUAAAUCUUUCCUCACAGAUAGAUUAUUGCAAGCGACUAGAAAUUUUAAUCUUUGAAGAGGUAAGCCACACAAUGUAACAAUUUGCACUUUAAAAAAAAAUCAAUUCACUAUGUUUAAAAAAAUUAAGGGCUACCUAUAUAAAAUAUAAUUAUUAAUUAUCAUUAGUAGUAAGUCAAGUAAAGUAAAAAAAAAAGCCAGAGUCAGAAUACGACAGUGGGCCCAGUGACAGUGGCCAUGGCCGAAAAAACAACAAAAAUGUUAAAUAAAAAGAGUGUUAUUAAUUUAUUAUUAUUAUUGGCCUUUGCCCUGGCUCACUGCAUUGGCCUUAAGUUUAAGCCUUAGCCUACUCAUAACUUAGUUAGACUUAGGCUUAGGUGCUACCCCCAAAUGGUCACAAAUGACAAAUGAAAUAUGAGGACACUUUUCUAUCACACUUCACACAUUUAUGAAACACAUUAUUACAAGACAAAUUUGUUUGCCCCACCCCCCCCAAAAAAAACAAAAAAAAAAAAAACACCAGGAUGUGUGGUCUUUAAUGGAUGACCCCUUAGCUUAUUAUGCAGUCUUAGUUUAAUGCUUUACUUUACUUUAGGCUCGGACUUAGCACUAUUCAGGGACUCAGGACUCAGGUACGCAUAGCUGCUAUUUGGACCCGGGUCCCUUUAGACUAAAUGCAAUUCUGAUGUCAUUUGUGAUAGUUUAUUUUAGUUAAACUGAAGAAGUAAGUUUACAAACAUAUAGUACAUUCAAUUAUCGGCAAUCCUCCGAAGUCCGGUCCCAAAUUAUUUUGUAUGAAAAAAAUUGCAAUGCACAGUAUCUGUUGUUAGAAAACAACAGAAAUGUCAGUCAUAGCUUUUGCAAAUAACUGUCAGUUUACAAACCAGUCAGUAAAUACGAAAUGUUGUAUUUGUAAUUGGCACAUAACAUUUCCAAGUAGCAGCCGAAAAUGUUCUGCUUGUGACUGUUGCACCACUGAAGGCUCCAAGUAGCUGGCAAACAGACCGUGACUAGUACCACUCUGAUAGCAGAGUUUACAUUUCGCUUGCAUCCAAAGUCCUUUAUUGGUUUAUGUGUGAAUGUCCUAAUCUACUGGAUCAACAAAUUCACGCGCGUGCACAAUGAUAGCGUGAGCAUAAAUCCCGUUGUUGAGCUGACCGAAAUUUUGAUAUCCUCGCCCAUCGUCCGUGAUGAUAGCUGUCCCUGGUAACACAUGAUUAGUGAUAAUGCGCUCGAGUGUUUGUGCAUCUCGACGGCCGACAACCUCCAUCCAACAUUUUCCACUGCCGCAAACAUGAAUUUCAAAAACAGAAUGAUGCCCAGGACUUUUAAGUAAGGAGUAAUCAUUGGAAAUAAUUUGGGACCGGACUUCGGAGGAUUGCCCAAUUAUCUUUCAUUUGAUACCAAAUUUUGUCUUACAAACCCAACAAUAAUAUUUUAAAUAUUUUUUAGUCCCAACCUCUCACUUCUGAUACUGAUACCCGGGUCUGAAUAGCCACUUCAUAUUUCUUUACAAAUUAAAAUAGUUCCUAGAUCUCCUACUCCUCCUAGAUUUAAAUAAAUUCAUUUACUUGAGGGAGGGUUGUGAAUUAAAAUGAGCUCAUUAAUAUUAGUUGGUAUCAAAGUAUCAUAUCAUUAAUGUCAUUAUGCCAUAAUAUUUUCAUUCUAAAGCCUACUUAUUUUUGUAAUAUUUUAAGGGAAUAAGUGAAGUGGUAGGGUUAUUAGCUGGUCGAAUGAUUUUUUUAAUAAUGUCCUAUGCCUAUGGGUACAUUGAUUCAAUUAUAGAAAACAAUGACCAAAAAUUAAUAAGCAAUAGUAGCAGUGUGUAAAAUUAGAUCAUAAGUUUUGUCCUCAUUUUGUGACUGCUGUGAUUUAACUGUGCUUAGAAUGAUGAAAAAUCAUAAAACCAUACUUUAUGUUAUUGUGGCAGCAGUUUAAAUCCAUUAUUGGAAUGGUCAGAGCAACUCUCAUUUUUGGUUCCAGCACCUGAUGUGUUAUUUAAUAUUUACAACAAAAUUUACAUGUGCAACAAGGUGACCACAUAUUUCUUUCCAAGUGACAGUCAUGUAUUUUUUAAAAUGUUUGUUAUGAUUAGAUUUAGUUGAAGCAAGACUGUAUAAGACAGGCCUAAUGAAUUGACUAUUCAUAGUUCAAGGUCCAUAAUACAUUAAUCCAUAAUCAUUAGUUCAUGCCUUGGAAGACAUUUUUUUAUUUGUACUCACAUUACCUAAUGAUUAAGUUUCCCAAAUGCUAAAGGCCUAUAUUAUAAAUACAAUUUUAAAAAAAAUCUGAAUUUGAAAUCUUUACAACAGAUUCUCAAAAAAGGUUGUAUCCUAGUCUAGCCUAUAUGACACCCAAGAAUGAUAAAAGAACAAAUUCAACCUAUAGCUUCCAAUACAAAGUUGCAGCUUUAUCGGCAUAACUAUGGCCUUGUAUGUAUGACUGGACUUUUAGGUUGUCGAUGGCACCGCUAUCAGCAAUCUACACGGAGCAACAGAAAGGUUUGAAAUCUUUUAUUUGUUGAAUAUAAAAAUUGACCAAGUCUAAGUAAAAUAUAAUGUCCUCGAAUAAUGUCCCUGAUAAGGUAUAUCCAAGUAAGUUUGAAUCUAAGUUAAUCAAAUGAUAGAUUAGUAAUUAGUGUGUUUUCUUAAGGUGGAAAUAUUCUACCAUGUACCAGUUGGAAGUAGGUUUUAUUUUGUAUUGGCAUUGGGCAAAGCCUGGUGCAAAUAAGAGUACUUUUUACUGGUGUAGCAGGGUUUUAAGCUUCACUUCUUGGGGAGCAGAUAAACCCUGAGUAAAAACCUCAUGAAAUAAACCAAAAACCAAAAAGUUGUGUCGAAUCCAUCCUAAAAUACACAAAAAUGAAAUGAAGAUAGAUGUCAAAGAGUAAGAAAAGGCUAUAGCUUCCCCUGACACCAUCGAUAAUGGGUGAUGACUUUUUCACCCAGCUGAUUAGCAGAAUGUAUCUGGUGAUCAACUCAGCCUAUGUGCCUCAGGUUCACUCAAACACCAGCUGUGGGGCAGGUUAUUCUCUAAAAUGGAAUCAUCAUGAUAUGCGCAAUUAAAUUUUUCCCUACUGCUGCUCCUUCUGCAUGGCAACUUGACGGCUCUAGAAAGCAGCUGUGUCAGGCUUGUCAUUUUAAGCAUCACUAGCAUACGAUAUGUUGCAAACUAAUUAAUGGCUGAUUUUAUUGUAGCUGCCAUGCUUUACAAAGCUUUUUUCCCCCUCAUUUCAGAGAGAUGUACUGAGCUUCUGGUCAAUGUGUUUUACUUACUUCUAUUCGCUGGUCUUUUUCUACUUCUGGCUUGUUGUGAGCAAUGAUACUUAUUUUAUAAAUAGGUGAGUCAACAACGGAAAAUUGUUCAAUUAAUGAUUAUUUCUGUAGAGAAGUAACUUUAGUAAGAAAUAUAAUGUACACAAUUUUUAUCCUUAAAAAACCUUUCUUGUGCAAUUACUUUGCUAACUUAAUAAAUAUCAAGCCUUUAUUAUAUAUAUAAUAAAAUGGUGAAUGCUUAAGAAGAUGUUGUUUUUUUCCUUGCAGUGACAUGUUUCAACGGGUAGGUCAGUACAUUCCUUGGUAUGGCCUUGGAUUAGGACUGUCCUCUGCCAUUUUUGUGUACCUAACGGUAACAACAGUAAGUGGUGUUUUUUUGAAAUGGUCAACAUGAUCAAAUAUCUUAAUAGUUUAAAUUUUUCCUUAAGGAAAAAAUAGUAAAUAUUUAAGGCGCUGUUGGCUUAAAGGCAAAUUUACUUAAGAAAAUAAGCAAAACAAAGUAUGGUGAAAACACUGGAAAAAAAGGAUGCAACAAAGCAACAAACAUAUCGCCAAGAAGCCUUUUUCUAAAACUCCCCAGUAAAAAAAUUACAAACGGUUUAAAAAAAAUUUCAUUUACUCAACGUGGGGAGGAAGUUGCAGACCUGUUUACUCUUACGAUUUUGGCACACAAUGUGCAAUGUGAGAUGUCUUUUACUAUUGUACGCCAAGACCUGACCGAACUACGAUUUUAAGAGACCGGGUUGAAAAUAUACACAUUUCUGUAGUUUUUUCCCAUUUAAAAUAAUAUUUAUUUAACAAGUACAUUUUCGGUUGUUAGUUUUUACUUGCAUUCGCAUUCUACAUCCAGCAGUGAAUGAAUCCAGAAAUAUGAUCGCCUGGAUACCAUCUAUAAUUAUAUUACAUUUGCCUUAAAAGGGGAAUGAAGUGUUGAUUUAAGAGAUUUUGUGUACGGGUGGAGGGAGGGCGCUCUAAAUAAUUGUCUAUAAAACUAACACCGCCACAUUUUCGUAAUACUAGCAGGGAUUGUCAUAUUUUUGCUUUGUGUUUUCAUAUUGAUUUCGCUAUACAUGGCUACAGUAACAUUAGCUUUGUCACCUUUGAGGCCAUUGUAGUCAAUCCAUGGGCCAUCCUUACGCAGUACCAAGUAUGUUAUUCGAACAUUUUAUAAUAUUCAUCCCGAAACUCAGAAAGUCCAAAAAAUAGCCUUCUAGUUUUAUCAGAUGCUGUAAAACAUCAUGUUAUGUUUUGUAGGAGUUAUCUUCAUAAUUUUGCCAUGUAUUUUUACAAAUGAACUAGCUAGAUAAAUUCAGAUUGUACUAAGUAGAAGAGGUAUUAGAGUAAUGUUUAGUCUACUGUAUGUCCAACGUGCUUGUGACAUAUAUUUUGUUGGGCUAUGUCAGAGGCUCUAAAAUUGUUGUUUCCCGGCACCUAUAUAAAAUUCAGGUGUUCAAUUCUAGCAAGUACGAUUUGAAAAAAGUGGUUAUUUACGUGUGACAGGUUAUGUUCAUAUGACUGGUUAAACUCUAUGGUAUAUGUAUAUAUAUAUAUAUAUAUAUAUAUAUAUAUAUAAAUAUAUGUAUUUAUAUAUAUAUAUAUAUAUAUAUGUGUAACUUUUUUUUUUUUUUACCUACAGCUACUAGGUCUACUUCACAUACUGCUGGGGCACCAGAUCUACAUCCAUCCAUUCCAUCAGCUGAUUGUCCUUGCAGCCAUGAUUGGCUGCAUCACAGUCACGGUGCUCAUUGGUUUAUUUUGGCCCAAAAUUUGGCCCUUAGUCUUCCUGUCUUUAAAGGUUGGUCUUUUUCAGUGUGGAACUGAUUAGCCUAACCCUAAAUGUAAACACCCUUCUACAAGUAUCUCAAGCUGAUUAGCUUAACCCUAGAUGUAAACACCCUUCUACAAGUAUCUCAAGCUGAUUAGCCUAACCCUAAAUGUAAACACUCUUCUACAAGUAUCUCAAGCUGAUUAGCCUAGCCCUAGAUGUAAACACUCUUUCUUCAAGUAUCCCAAGCUGCUUAACAUUUUGAGUAACCGUUUUAAAAACAUUUUACAGUUUUACCAGAUAUUCUCAUUUUUCAUUGAUUUAAAUGAUGUUUAUUAUAGGUAGAUAUUUCAACAGGAAACUGAAGAAAUCAUUGUAUACUCAAUUAGUAAUGUAGCAAGUUCUUGUUAGUUUCUUGUUUAGUUUUUUUGUGAGUUUCUUGUUCAAUUUCUGUGAGUUUCUUUUUCAGUUUUUGUGAGUUUCUUGUUCAAUUUCUGUGAGUUUCUUUUUCAGUUUUUUGUGAGUUUCUUGUUCAAUUUCUGUGAGUUUCUUUUUCAGUUUUUGUGAGUUUCUUGUUCAAUUUCUGUGAGUUUCUUUUUCAGUUUUUGUGAGUUUCUUGUUCAAUUUCUGUGAGUUUCUUUUUCAGUUUUUGUGAGUUUCUUGCUCAAUUUCUGUGAGUUUCUUUUUCAGUUUUUGUGAGUUUCUUGUUCCCAUGUUUUAUUUUGUGAGCAGGCGACUGAGUAAAAUUAAUUAAUUGGAAUUUUCCCAAUUUUAUGUUAAAAUUAUUUUGUUUUAAUUUUAAGCCUUUUGUAUCUGUUUCAGGUGUAUGGUCCAUAUCUCCAGAUCACAGCCAUUGUAGUAUUAACACCUCUCUCUUGGCUCCUGUAUCGACAGUGGUUUAAACUUUCAUCAUCAUGUAGGUAUUUUUUUUACUAUGAUUCGGUGAUGAUGUAAUUGUGAUUUCUUAAAAAUAUUUUUUUGUAUUUUAACUCAUCUGUUAAAAAUGUAAUUUCACUUGAGUGAGGCUAUAAUGUGUCAUGAUGUCAAGAUCCCUGUAUAUAUUUGAUUGGUUUAAAUUCAUCAGGUUUUUCACAUGUUCGUACGUCGUUAUAAACAGAAUUAAACACACAAGUCCUUGUCCAUAAUUAAUGUAACUUUAAUCCAUAUAUAUAUCCAACAGACUGUACAUUUCAUUAACACUUGUGUAGUGCAGCUGGCUAUGAGAGAGAAUAAUAAACAACCUUCCUACAAAGUUCUUUCUAUGAUUGCUCAUGAUUACACCUACGACAUAAAACAAACUAGACAGUACGACAUAAUUACCAUAAAAGUAUGUCACAGUAAAAUGGGGGAAGACAUUCAUCAACUAAUAAAAUGCUUAAAAAACACACAGUGCACAAUAAACACAAUAUCCUGUGUGCAAAAUUUUUGAGUGAGCUCUCAUGCUCGACGCAUGACAUCUCUCUCAAUUUGACAUAAUGUCAGCCCAUCUUUGUCAUUAUUUCUCCCUGACUUAGCCAUUAUUUUCCCCCAACUUUAGGGGUUUGGGGAAUUUUUUUCCUUAGAAAGCAUUAAGCUUAUCUGUAGUGCGAGAGUGAAGUAGAAUACUCUUGAAAGCCCAAAUUCUACUUGUUAGUCAUAAUGAUAUAUACAUUUGCCGUUUUAAAAAAUAUUAUUUAAAUCUAAAUUUCUUCUGCUCUGUCAGUAUGAGUUGAACAAAAAAAAGAAUGCAAUCAAAGAUAAUUUGAUGACUACCCAAAGUGGUUCACUUUGAUUUCCACAACUCCCACUAAGAACAUCAAAUAUAAUGCUCCCAAUUUUAUUGUUCACUUUACAAUUGCCAGGUGAAAAAACCAUGUGGAUGUUUUUCUGGAUAUCAACAUUGCUCUUGCUGUAUUUAUCACCCUUAGCCAUCAACUCACCACUAGUUAAAAACUCAUUGCCAGAAAAGCCUAGAAUCAUUGCAAUGGGAGGAGCUUCUCAGGUAAAUUGGUUUAGAACAAGUGAAAUAAUUUUUGAUGUAUUUAUAUGGACCAACAAUGGGCAAUCUUUUUUUAAGUGUGCAUGACAAAGUCACCACAUCUUUGAUGCAAACAUUUUUCAUAUAUCAAUUGAUAUUUAUUGGGUAAACAAAUUGUAAUGUGUAAGAACUAUUGGGAAAAUGUUAUCAAAUCAUAAAAGUGACACUUGAGCAGUAAAGCCAGAGAAUAUUAUAAAUUGAUUAUUUUAGUCAAUAGAUUGAAAGUAUGCAAAUUUAGUGGUACAUUUUUACUUAAAGGUUGAUCUGUCUUGUUGAAAGGUCAAUAUUUUUAUCUUGCCUUUACUUGGACAUUAAAAUUAAAGGCAUUGCGUUAUUUAUUAAUCCUCAAAUUUGGUUUUUACAACUGGCAAAGAAGUUAGAUAUUUAUUUAUGUAUUUAAUAAACUCUAGGGGUUAAAAAGGCCCUAAAGAUUUGCUGUUGUAUCACAUUAGACCAGAGUACCUAAUGGUACCCACUCCUGACCUAAAACCAUAUACAUUUUUUCGAGUAGCUAAAGGCAAGAAUUAUGAUAUAUUGUUUGAUUAUAUUUCAGCUUAAAUGGUCCUCAUAGUAUCCUUGUGUGUUAAGUAGGCAUAAAGAACAUGUAUAUCAUUUCUCUUGAUACAAAUCACCCACUGUUUGUCAUCUAUUGGAGAAUUUAUGACUGUGAACAUGUUAUGAACUUCACUAUUCUCCAUAAAAUAUUAAAUUGUCAACUUGGUUUGCUAAAUCUGAUUAUGAAACAAAACUCUACCACCAGACUCUCAUUUCUUGUGUAUACUGUCACAAAUGACUGGGGCGGGGGAACAGGACAGAGCUCUGUUGUGGUUAAGAUAACUUAUUGGAUGGAUGGAAACUGCUGCUAUUUUAGGGAAGGCAUUGUUAGAGUAGGGGGGUGAAGUUAAGGUUAAUAGACAUUGUCACAUUCUUGAGAUAGAGGGGAUUGUUUCUUUAGAUAAUAUUAUGUUUCGGGCCUCCUAGAUUACACAUAGUAAUUUUGGGUUAAUGACGGGAAUUCUAAUUGACCGGAAAUUAAGGGCAGGGAUGGGGUAAUUGAGAGCAUUCCUGGGCCACCUAUGGAGUUAGAGAAUGGCAUAUAAGAUAGAGCUUUUACGGAGUUAACGUUAGUUGAGGAAGAUAGAGAAGAACUACGGCUUAGUUGAGGAAGAGGUACGACGUAGUUUAGGAAGAGAGAGAAAAGAGCUACGAGAGAAUUGAGCAGUUGUUAGGUAAUAGUCGCAAGAGAUCAGGAGACGAGUUUACUGGUGGAACGUAGGAGACGAUCUAGUUUAACAGUUUAGAAACAAUCGUAGAUAGCUGACAGUUAGUGUUAGUAAAGACUAUUGAAGAAUUUUUAUUUGAGUAAUAAAUAUAGUCUAUUUUAUCAUUGGACACCUGUACCACAUGGGUCAGGAGACGAGUUUACUGGUGGAACGUAGGAGACGAUAUAGUUUAACAGUUUAGAAACAGUCGUAGAUAGCUGACAGUUAGUGUUAGUAAAGACUAUUGAAGAAUUUUUAUUUGAGUAAUAAAUACAGUCUAUUUUAUCAUUGGACACCUGAAGUUUGAGUUGUUGGAUUUCGUUCCAGUCUACGUUGUGCUUUUGUCUGUCUCAACGCCUAGAUACCCACAAUAUAAAUCACAGAGAGGAGCGGUCCUGUACUGACCACCAUCUAAGUCAAUACAGUUUGUGAUAAGUCAGGACCGGAGCCCUCCUCCGUAACAACCGUUCUGUGACAUAUACAAACAGCAAGCAACUCUCUUGAAACAAACUGUUUUCUGGGUUAUUAUUUAAAUUAUUAAAUAAUUUUUAAAUUAAUUUUUUUAAUCGUUUUUUUUUUGCAUGUUUCUUUUUUUUUCAGGUUGCUCCAGAAAACACACUCUUUGCCUUUAAGAAAGCCAUAGAACUUGGGGCUCAUGGACUAUACACCACAUUGCAGAUAAGGUGACUUUAUAGAAAGAUUUGAAAACUGUUUUGUUUUCUAACAACUUUUCAUGUAUAAAAAAUCCAAGACACAUUAGAAGAUUGAAAAUAUUAUCACACUCUUUUCUUUUGGCAAUUGGUAUUUAAUUGUUCCAAAAAAAAUUUUUUUAUGUUUAUCCAUGAAAUUUCUUUGCUAUGAUUUCCAAUUUCUAAUUGGCAGCGAUUAUUCGUACCCGAGUACAAGAAGUGACAGGUUUAAUUCAAUUAUCUUUCAUUUGAUACCUCAUUUUGUCUUACAAACCCAACAAUAAAAUUUUAAAUAGUUUUUUAAUCCCAACCUCUCAUUUCUGGUACCCGGGUACGAAUAGCCACUUUGUUUCUAAUUUCCAAUAUCCAAAAAUCUAAUUUUUAUAUUUUAAAGAAUCCGAUUGUUGUUAUAAAGUUUUAAUCUAUUUCUUUGCCCCCUAGUCUUGAUGAUGUGCCAUUUCUCAUGACUGAUAAGAGCCUCCUCCGCACAACAGAUGUUCUACAAAAGUAUCCGUCUAAAGAAGUCUUUGAUGCAAAGUCUUACAGCAUAGCUGAGUUGAAAAACCUAAGUGCAGGGAUUUGGUUUUUAGAGGUAUUCAAGCAGUGUGAGAAACAUUGGGUUUCGGGUGCUCCCAUAGAUGGAAAGAAUCCAAACAGCUUUCUAACAUACUGAACUUAUGGGUGGGUUUGGCAGGAAAAAUAUUAGUAACUUAUUGAAAGAUCUGGCUUGUUUAUUGAGAUAGGUUUAAAGGUGGAAUUAUAUAGAAUUUUACAAAUUUGACAUUUAAUUUUUUAAAAUUACCCACAAUUGGAAACAAUCACCCAAUCAUUUUUGUACAGGGUUUCUCCAGCAUAUUUGUUUUAAAUACAUAGGUAAGAUUGAAGAGCCAUAGGCUGUAAUCCAGCCUUAUGAACAUUAGGAGUGAUGUCUGGAUUUAUGCAAACACUCUAAUUAAGUUGGUUGUGUUUUUCAAUGCCAUCUUAGAGUGACCCAUGUGGUACAGUUGGGGAUCUGACAGAAAUGGAAAGAUCACUCAUUGAAAAUGCAGAGAUCCCUACAUGGAAUGAGUUUUUGAUCUUCAUGGCAGACUACCCGCUGACUAAAGUCUUCCUGGAAUACUCUCCAAUGUCUGGGACUCAAGCAAUGGGAAAGAUUUUAAGUUUGGAGUUUAUGCAACAUCCGAACCUGAACAAAUCAAAUGUAAGUGGAAAAACCAGGGUCACCCAGUGGAUUAACUUCUUGGAUGUGGAUUAACUUCUGUGAUGUGGAUUACCUUCUGGGAUGUGAAUUAACUAAUGGGAUGUGGAUUUGCUUCUGGGAGGGGAAUCAACACCUGGGUCACUCAGUGAGUUAACUCCUGGUAUGUGAAUUAACUUCUGGGAGGUGAAUUAACACCUGUGUCACUCUGUGGGUUAACUUCUGGGAUGUGGAUUAGCUCUAGGAGGGGAAUUAGAAACUUCUGGAUUAACAGAUGGAUAUGGAUUAAACCUGGGAUGAUGAUGAUUAAACCUUGGAAGUGAAUUAUCACCAGGGUUUAUGGUCUCCUCAGUGUUACAAAGUGGUUUGGGUUUAAAAAUAAAAUUCGGGGAUUUUGUUAUUUGCUCUAAAUGACAAUAAUUUGAUGUAUUUCGUUUCAGUUUUAUUUUCCAGUGAACAGUCACAGGCCCGAGGGAGUAUCAUCCCUUGUUUUUGGCUAUGCCGGAUCAAAAAAUUUACAAGAUGCAAGUGUUGAUGCGGCUUUGUUGUCUUAUGAAGGCCCACUGGCAGAAACCAUCCAGUGAGAUUUCUAUAUAAUUAUUAAGGGACCUAUGUAAAUUAGUUUUUAUAACUUAGCACGAGAAAUAUUGCUUAACUCAUCUGAAUGAUUUUAUAACUUAGAACACUGAAUGAUUUUUAAUGUAAAAGUUAUGACACAAAGUAGGCUAUGAAAUUAUCCAGAUUUAAACACACAUUUAUACUUUUAAAAGCAUUGUCUACCUUGGACAAGGCAGUUUUAAACAAAAAAAAAUUUUUUCCAAGAUUAUCAUUUCUUAAUGUUAGUUGUAAGAGAGACUCAUCAAUUUAAGAAAAGGGUUAUCCCUAUUUGAAAUGAGUUAUAAGACAUCAGUUGUACAUAUCCAUUGUUUCUAAAACUUAUUUUCAGACAAUUUCACGGCUACAACAUACACACAAUCAUCACAGACGUCAACAGCAACUGGCUGCUGUCUAUAGCCUGGUGCCUGGGGGUAGAUUACGUGGCCACGUAUGACGUGCAGCUCAUACAGAAUUUAAACUCUCCAUUGUAUCAAUGGGUAAGUGGACUAACUAGAGGAUGUCAUUUUGCACUGUUGAUCCCAGUCCACUGACUGGACACACAAAUCCCAGUCUGCUGGACACACUGAUCCAGGCCACUGUACAUACCAAUCACAAUCCACUGACCUCACUGAUCCCACUUCACUGGACACCCCAGGACCAGAGGGAAGUAACUUCACUUAGCUGAUGACUCAAGUUUAAAAUUAGGCCUAGGCGAUCCUAACUUUGUAUGGAUUGGCAAAAAUUUUGUAAAUUAUACUUUGAAAGAGAGCAAUGGUCAGAAGAAAAUAUAUUACCUAUUGUAAGAUAUGGGUCUAAUCAAAUUUUAUAUAAAUGAAUUUGUCAUGUUCGUCCUGAAUAACAACAACUGAUUAAAUACCCCUUCCCUCUUGCUGACUAGAGGUGAUUCCAUGAAACAAGUGCCCCCAAUUCAUUCAAGUGUUUCAUUCUCUUUGAAAUAAUUUUUUUUUUAAAGUUUUUGUGGUGCAUGCAAAAUAAUAUGUAUUCAUAAGCAAAGUUCCCUCUAAGGUUUCCUGGUUCAUGUACAAAAUCAUACAGUUGUGCGCAAAGUUUUACAGCAUCAAUUUUUUGUGUGCAAAAUUUUACAGCCCAAAAAAACACGGAAAUAACAUAAAUGAAUUUAAGUGCAAACAUUUUAGAUAAAUAAAUAAAGGAACUAUAAUUAAAUAAUUAUAAUCAGAAAUGUCACAAUAGUUCAAUUAAAACUAUAUUUAUUUCUAUUAUUUAUACCAUCGUUGGGUCAAGCAACUAAAUUCCACCACAGCCACUACCAAUGGCCGCUAGUCAUUUGAUUCACUCAUUGCUGGAGGUACUCUGGCGUCUGUCUUUCAACGAUAUCCAUCUGUUAUACACAUCAUCAAGGUUAAUCUGAUGUCCAUUAUUCUAAUACGAUUUAAUCCUCAUAAGCAUGUUUAAAUGUAACUAUGUAGCAGCUUGCAUAAUUCAGCAAGUUCACCAACAACUUCAUCAAAGACAAUCAGUGCAGUUCAAAACUGCGGAUUCUUUAGUUUCUUCAAAAAGUACUUAUGAACUGGAUCAUAAAACAAGCCUACCUGGUCCUCACAGUAUUUAGUCAACACUUGCAUGUUUCUAAGCAAUGCUCGUCAAGCAAAGUGCCGCGAAAAUCAUUUCAUUUAAUGGUCUGAAUCACUUUCCAACACCUUAGCUAUAGUUUGGUAAACUAUACUGAACUAUGUGUGCACUAUCCUAAGAAAUGUUUCAAUGUCAGCCAUUAAACUUAUAUUUUUGCAAACAUUAUCGAUGCCUAAAUCUUCAUGAUGAGCAACGCAAUGUUGUUCCAGUAAAUGUCGAAUACGUCGGCGAAUAAUUGCUGUCUUGCAUAACCGAUGCACCAUCAGAGGGAGGUAAACAUAACUGUUUUCUGCAUGUCCAAUACAUUCUCUUGAAAAAAUUCUGUUAUUGCUGAUGCCACGGAUUUACUCUCCCAUGUCGACAGAGACAAAAUUCCAACAAACACUUUCUUUAAACAUUACCGGGAUAUGGCCGAAACUUUGCGUAUAAGAUCAACAUUUUUGUCAGGGAUAUAUCAGUGCUCUCAUCUACUGUUAAUGUGUGGAAUUUUUAAUUGCGAGUUUCGUUAAUUAUAGCAUCCUUCACUACAUAAUUGAUAGAAUCAACAAACUCAAAUGCAUAAUUCUUACUGCGCCAGCUAUCAGGGACUAAGGCAUACUUAGCCUUAUGGUUUUAAGUUCAUGAUUAUGUUUGCUAAAUUGUAUGUACAGCGUGGUGAGCCCAGCCCUAGGCUGGGGUACGCGCAAUAUAAAACUACUACUACUAAUAAUAAUAAUAAUAAAUCAAUAGCUCUAAAUAAAAGGUAGAAAACAAAAAUAUAGAUCUGAAUCAAAUUAAAAACAUGGAUGUAAAUGUUAUAAAACUGUAUAAUUCCGGCUGCAGAGUGCUGCUUAUCUAUUCGAAUUUAUUGUUAUAGAAAUUUGCUGCUCGCAUACUCAAAACUGCUGCAUGGCGUCUGCGAGACAGCUUAAAGGGAAUAUUGUUCAUAAGUUGAUCUUGUGAUAUUAACCAUUUUGGACUUUUGGGACUUCAACCAAUUGAUCCAGUGAUCUUAAUCAUGUUGGACUUUUGGGACAAAACAAUUGAUCCUGUGAAAUAAAUCAUGUUUGCUUUUUGGGACCAAACAAUUGAUCCUGUGAUCUUAAUCACUCUGGAAUUUGAAACUUUAAACAAGUGAUUUUAUGCUUAAGUUUUUAUAAUCAUAUACUUACUGGAUUAUCGUUAAGGAUAAAAAAAAAUAUAUGCACAUUUUAAAGCCCAGAUUUUUUCUGAAAAAAAAAGACAGAAUCUAAAAUUUGACACUUCAUUUUCCCAAAAGAACAAAAUUUAAAUUUGGAAAGUUUGAGAUUUACAAAGCACCAUUAAAUAGAGUGAUGAUUUAAUAACACCAAAGCAAGGAAAUGGACAUCAUUAAAUAGAGUAAUGUUUUAAUCACAGCAAAGCAAAGAAAUGGACAUCAAUAAAUAGAGUGAUGUUUUAAUCACAGCAAAGCAAGGAAAUGGACUAAGUAAGGUUUCUAUCCCAUGGUGUCUAAAUUUCUAGUUUUAUUUUUAGAUUUUAAUAAUUAUUCCUUGUUGCAACAAGUCCAUGCCAGCACAUUGGAUUAGACUCUACUAACUAUUUUUAUCCAUUUUUUUCCAUCCAGAGUGCAGCCACCUAUCUUGGAUUGUGGAUAACAAUAGAUAUGGUAUCUUUUAUCAUCACAGUUUUUGCAUUUAUUUUUCAAAGGUGAGUGACAACAAUUGUGUUGAAAAAUAUAUAUAUUUACUUUAUUAUUAUUUAUUAUGCCCCCAGCACCAAAAUCAGGCUGAUUCGCUCAUUAGUCCUCUCCAUUUUCCUGUAUGCCUGCGAAUCCUGGACAUUAACAGCCGAUCUUGAAAGGAAAAUAAAGGCGAUGGAGAUGAUAUGCUUCAGAUGCAUUUUUGGCAUCUGCUAAUGGUACGUCCACGUAACAAGGAAACAAGGGCUUGCCAAAGAAAUAUUGCAGGGCACCACAAGAGGAGGGAGAAGAAGAGGAAGACAAAGAAAAAGGUGGGAGGAUAACAUCAAAGAGUGGACAGGACUAACACUGGGCGAUGCAGUGCGUAGUGCUUAAGACAGAGAGGAAUGGAGGAGGAUGGUUCACAUGUUAUCUGUGGCGCCCCAACGGUCCAAGGACUAAGGGACAUGAGGAGGAGGAUAGUUAAAAUAGUAUCAUAGGAGUGAGGGAUAUUGGGAUAAAAGUUUUGUGUUGCUGUAGUUAAAAUAGUAUCAUAGGAGCGAAGGAGCUAUAUUAAAUCUGCUCCUUCAGUCAAAUCACUAUAGCACUAUAAAACCCCAUUAUCAAAUUUAAAAAUAAAAAAAACUACCAAAACCAAAAUAUGUUUAAAAAAAUUUUUUUUUAUUGUUUUACUUCAAAUGUUCAUGCAGGAGUACCUUCCUUUGAACUCUGGAAUUACAGAAUUAAAUACGCUAAGAAUGUUUAACAAAAUUUUAGAAACUGACUAAAAAACACUCCGGAUAAUUCAAUGAUCCCCCCCCCCCAACCUUUCAUCCAAAACAUUAAGUACAUGUAACAACGGACCCGUGAACAAGUUUUGAAAUUUUACCAGGGACCGGUGGAUGAUUUAUUUUUAUAAUUUUAUUUCUAUUUGACAAUAAAUAUUUAUGUUAUGGGGACCGGCUUUAGGCUUGCGGACCGGUGAAGGGCCACGGACCGCCAUUUGGGGACCACUGUAUAAAGGCAUACAUUUUUUUAAAAAAAUAUUUGAUUUUGCUAACUACUUUUAAAUCACUGAAACAAGUCUAACCUAGUUAUAGCAUAGAAAAUAGUUCAAGUUUAAAAUCAUAGAGCUCCAAAAAAGACUCUCUGGGGCAAAGUUACCGCAUCUGCCUUUUAGUCGGGGCUGGUGGGUUUUGGAUAAAUCCAUGACGGUCUACAGCUGUGGGUAGACCGUCGGGUGAAAUUAUCUUGUCAGCCCAGCAGGAGUAUUCUUGGGAAGGAGGAGAUCUGUUUUAAAAAAGACUCAAGCAGAGGAGUGUGGAAGGGUGCAGACAACUUUGCGUAAAAUAAAAGCUGACUGCCCAUGCAGCUGAUUUGCAACCUCGAUGACAUCCCCUUGGUAUAAUUAUUUACAUGGUGACCUGGUGUCUUUGUAAUAAAAUAAUUCUACAGUGAGGUUCCCUACUCUUCUGUGAGCUUCAAACGCAGUAGGUGAAACCAAACAAAAAAAGAUUGAUUAAAAAACUGAAAAGUUGGGUAUUUGGCACUCAAGUCUUACAUUAGUUAUGGAGGUGGGAUUUGCUGGGGAGGUUUGAUUAGUUGGGGAGAUGGGAAUUGCUAUGCAGGUAAUUAAAUAUAACAAUUUUUCAAAUUUGGAAGAAAGGCAAACCCAUGAAUUUCACAUUGUCAUUUGUUGUAGGGAGGUUAGCUGUCAUUUGUAAUUGGGCAUUUGGGAAGUUGGGGGGGUAGUAUUAAUGGGUGGGUGGAGGAUGCCACAUAUCCAACUUGUGAGAUAGUUAAAAUAGUAGGCUAUUAUUACAUACAAAUUAUAUUUAUGACCCAUUAGUUGGUCUUAUCUUGAAUUUGCUUAGCAAACAUAAUUUGUAACUAGAUCCAUCUGUACAGACUGUACAUUUCUUGCAUGAAAUGAAAUAAUGUUGGUUGGUCUAUUCAAGUCCUUGCCUACAUGACUGACACAUCACAAAGAGUUUGAAAUUUGUAAUUACUUAAACAGGAUCCUCAGCACGGUUCUAUGUGGCACCCUUACAGCACUGGUCUAUAUGGCCUCCCCCCUCCCCACGCUCUUAAUGCAUCACACAACACCUCUGCUCUUAAUGGCACAAUAACACAAUGGUCAAUGUUGCACCCAAACGCACUAGUCUAUAUAGCACCCUAACUCACCGGUCUAGAUGACACCCCAAAUCAUUGAUCGGUAUGGCACCCUAACCCCACUUGUCUUGAUGCCUAGUCUAUUUUAUUACCUAGGACUGCCACUUUAAUGAGCACAAAACAGUGUCCAGGAUUUGUCACUGCCUCUGCCAUUUUUAGACCCAUGUUCCGCAGAAGUCACUGCCUCUGCCAUUUUUAGACCCAUGCCCCGGAGGGUUCACUACCUCUGCCAUUUUUAGACCCAUGUCCUGGAUGGGCCACUGCCUCUUCCAUUUUUAGAACCAUGUCCCGGAGGGGUCACUACCUCUGCCAUUUUUAGACCCAUGUCCUGGAGGGGCCAUUGGCUCUGCCUAUCCUCUUUAUUUAGACUUUGUUGAUUUUACCUAGUGCUUCUGUUAAUUGAUAUAUCAUAGGGCUGCUAAUGCCUUUGUGUCACAGUAUCCAUUGAUAGCUAUGUAGCACUUUAAUGGGCUUUCCAGAUGCAGGCUUCACCACCACCCCCAAACCACAGCACCUGACCUAAAUUCCUGUGUGUGUUUUCAGUUUAAAAAAAAAAAAAAGUGUCCAUCAUUGGCAUAGGUAAGGUUAGUGCCGCCCGAGGAUAUCAAGAGUUUUUCCCCCCUACUUCCAUGAAAAAAAAAAAUGCAGUCGGCUUAAAAUCCCACCCCUCCAUAUAAAGAACAGAAAUGCCCCACUUCCAAAGCCACUGAUGUCAAUUAGAACUAUUUUUAUUUGCAAAUGCAUACAAAAACCAGCAAUAAGUGGGAGAUUUUGGGAUCGAUGUUAAAAUAAAUAUUUAUUGGACCAAAGAAGAGAAGAUUCAAAGAAGAAUUAAGAAGUUUUCAAAACAUGUGGACUAUGAAUUAUUGUGGAAAUUAAAACAAAGCCCAUAACCUUGAUAUGCAACGAAUCUGUUUCUGUUUUGAAUGAGUACAACAAACGGCACUAAAAGACUAAACAAGCAAAUAUUUUUGAUAAGUACAAAAGGCAAUUUCGACAAGACCAAGUAAAUGACAUUGAAAACAAAGUAAUUCUGCACAACAAAAGAUAUUUACUAGAGGGGGUUCAGAACCAACAUGCUAUUUAAAAAGCUAAAUAUGCAGUAGCCAUGAUACUAGCAAAAAUCAAAGCCAUAUUCAGAUGGUGAAAUGGUUAAGGAAUGUUAAGAGAGCAUCGUUGAAAUUCUGUGUCCAGAAAAGGAUUUAUAAAAAAAUUAUUCUGUCUCGUCAGACUAUUAUUAGGUGGGUAAUAAGGGGAGAGACUGCAAUCAGGUUAGUACAAAAUAAAAUGAGUAAAACAGAGUAUGGUUAAACCUGAAAAAAUAAACGCAACAAAACAGCGUCAUUGGAAAACAUAUUGAAGAUAAUUUGAAAAGUCGAGCAUCCGAGUUUAUAUUUUAUGCUCUAGCAUUGGAUGAAAGCACAGAUAUGGCAGAUACUGCCCAGCUGAAAAUUUUUAUCAGGGGGUGUUCUGACAUUGCAAGCAGAAAAGUUAUAACUAUUAUCACAUCAAUAGGAUAUCUUCUUGCUGUGAUUCAGAGCUGGAUCAAAGCCUUCUCCAGGCCCUGGGCACAGUUAACAGUGGCCCAUAUCCCUUGUAUCCAUAAUCCCUAGAAUUUAUCGGUUCAAUAUUGUUGAGUUAGAAGGUGAUCAAAUGUGUAUUUUUUCACUGUAAAUAAAAAUUGAACUUUCCAUACAGUCCACAAAAUUUAUGUUGAUAUUUGACCUCUGUAGGCACAUGCCAAGAAAGCAAAUUAAGACCAACAGUGAUAUAAGCUUUGAACCGAGCUUUACCCAAGAGGGAUGAAUGUUUCAGAGUGGCUCAUUCAUGUUGUAAGAUUUAGUUUGUUUGGAUCAGUUGAUCACGAAUUCUUUAUAGUCAGUUUUGAAUAGAUGGUCAAGAUGUCAGUCAGUGCUGACCCAACGGUCAAAACAUCAUUACUGUAGGUGUUAACCAAUAUUCAAGAUGUAUGCCCUGUCAAUGUUGACCUCAAGAUCAAAAUGUCUUCACUGUCAGUGGUUGACUUGCUGGUCAAGAUGUCUUCACUGUCAGUGGUUGACUUGAUGGUCAAGAGGUUUUCACUGUCACUGGUUGACUUGAUGGUCAAGAGGUCUUCACUGUCACUGGUUGACUUGAUGGUCAAGAGGUCUUCACUGUCACUGGCUGACUUGAUGGUCAAGAUGUCUUCACUGUCACUGGUUGACUUGAUGGUCAAGAUGUCUUCACUGUCACUGGUUGACUUGAUGGUCAAGAUGUCUUCACUGUCACUGGUUGAUGUGAUGGUCAAGAUGUCUUCACUGUCACUGGUUGACGUGAUGGUCAAGAUGUCUUCACUGUCACUGGUUGAAUUGAUGGUCAAGAUGUCGUCACUGUCAGUGCUUAACUAAUUCUGUUCAUUUUGACCUGAUUCUGUUAAGUUUAACCUGAUUCUGUUAAGUUUGACCUAUUUAUGUUAAUAUUGUUCCUGGUAUUCAAUAUACCAGUAUACCUAUUAUAAGAUUUAUUUUAUUUUUUUUUAAAAAGAAAGAAAAUUUGAGGUUGUCAGUUCAAAUGAUGAAUUAGAAGUAUACCAUUAAAAUCUUUAGCCAUCUAAGAAAUAAUGAUAAGGAUUUUGAAGAUUAUAAUAAUAUUAUCAUCCCAGAAAUGUUGGUAAAGAUUUUGCAGAUUAGGUCAAGGGAAUACCCCCCAUUGAAUUAAAUUAUUGGAUUUGCUAUUGGAUUAGUUUAUUAUAUCUAAUGUUCUAAUUUUUGUUCAAUUGCCCAGAAUGUUCCAGUUUCAUUUCAGUUGACAGAAUACCAUCAAAUAUUUUAAACACUCGGAGGCUGCCAGUAAAUAUUGUAUUGUUUUGUUUACUUAAUUUAGUUUUUACACGCAGUGGUUCAUAAGCUGUGUUCUGCCAGCCCCUGGAGCACAGGAAGCUAUUUAUGAAAGCCCUCAUACAACAUAUAGUUAUCAACUGAAAUAACUGGUAGCAAGGACCUCUGCUUUAGGGCUAAGAGAAAUGCGUAUGGUUAAGCAUGCCCCAAACCACUGUAGUUUAAGAACCACUGAUUUAUUUAUUAAUAAAUCAUUUAAGUAAGUACACAUUUUUUUUAUAUUUUCAAAAACCUCUUCCUUUCAGAAUUCAGCUGUAUGGGACGAAUUUCAGCCCAGAGUCUAUCUCACUCAACACGGGACGUUCAAAAACCUCAUACAGGUCGCGGACGAUGAAAGAAAAGCUCCUACGUGAUGCAGCUGCCCUUGACACUGUUGAUGAUUUGGAGGUUCGUGACAGUGAAGGGGGCGGUGUGGAGAACAGACCAGCUUACACAACUGAGUCCGCCCCACACUCCCUGUCACUGUCAUCUCUACCAGGGACUCUUCACACACAUCUGACUCGAGAUGGAGAUGGGGGCACAUCAGUCACAAACAGCUACAGUCUGUAGCCACAAAUGGCUACAGUCUGUAGCCACAAACAGCUACAGCCUAUAGCCAAAAUCAGCUGCGGCCUGUAGCAACAAACAGCCACAGCCAGCCAUUACAAACAUGUGACAGACAUAUGAUAAAACUAUCAUCUACUGUAGCUAAUAGUUGUUGAAUUUUACUCAAACUUUCCAUCCCGACGUCACUGACAGCUGUUCAUGAAUGUCACCAGCAGCUGUGCCGUCUGGCAAACGGCAGUGGAUCCAAAAUGACCAAUAGCUGCAUAUGGGUAGGUCAAGACAACUGACAACACCUCCCUGCUGAUAUCUGCUGUAGACACCCGCCAGCCUUUCCCUUUUAUGUUGACUUCCUUUUUUAAACAUGAGACCUGUAUCAGGAGAGGCUGAUAAAUGAGUUAAGGUUAUUUUAAUCUUGUUUCUGUUGUGGCAGAGUCAUUAGUUCAUAGAUCAUUCAGAGAUCAGAAUCACUUUAGGUUCUAUGACUAUGUGUGCUGUCAGGACAAUUAUAUUUAAAUCUUUUUUUAUGUGUGCAAAGUAUCAAUGGCAAACUUCUUUGUUGUAGCCGGAACUCAUUUCCUAGAACUCCAGAACCUAGAAAAUGGCCAGGAUAUUUGUUCUGGGCUGAGCAACUGAAGCUUAAAUUAUAUCAAAUUAGCCAUUGGCGCUUGUUACGUCACUGACAAAUUAAGUUGAAAUUUUGUUUUCAUGGCAAUUAAUUUAGUACUAGAGCCGUGACAUUUGUAAUUUAUUUUCACAGAUGCAUGUUUAUGCCAUUAUCUUGUCUUGACUUGUUUACUUUUGGUGAAUGGUCUUGUUUUCAUAGACAAUAUUUGUCUAUUAUCCACCUGAAUCUAAGAGCUUUAUUCUGCCAGCGUCUUACAUUUGGACUCUUUGUGUGAUAAUGAUUGUAUUUUAAAGUGUUGCUCAGUUCCUCUCACUGACCAGUAUUGUCAAUGGACAUUCCACACCUGCUUUACACACACCAGGAAUGCUAAAUUUGUAUGGAAUAUUCACUGUGCCUGUGUCUAAUUAAUAGUUUUAGCCCCCUGAAAUGUUGCCUGGAUGUCUGUCCCUAAAACUUACCCUCAGAGUUUUUUUUUUACCCAUAAAAAUAUACCCGAGUGUAAAUUCCAAAUAAUGGACUUCCACACAUACCUUGAAUACCUAACUCAAAUAGUUGAUACCCUGAAUACCUAACUCAAAUGAUUGAUACCUUGAAUACCUAACUCAAAUAGUUGAUACCCUGAAUAACUAACUCAAAUACCUGAUACCCUGAAUAGUUGACCUCCAAACAUUUCCAGAAUAUAUACAAUGAAACAAUUGUAACAAACAAUGAAACUACCCAAGAUUAUAAUCCUAUACAUUUCCAGAAUAUCUAUCCUAAACAAUGAACCCCAAGAUCUAAAUCCUAUACAUUUCCAGAAUAUAUAUCCCAAACAAUGAACCCCAGCUUUAAAUCCUAUACAUUUCCAGAAUAUCCUAAACAAUAGACCACAAAGUCUAAAUCCUAUACAUUUCCAGAAUAUAUAUCCCAAACAAAGGACCUCAAGCUUUAAGUCCUAUACAUUUCCAGAAUAUCUAUCCUAAACAAUGGACCCCAAUAUCUAAAUACUAUACAUUUCCAGAAUAUAUAUCCCAAACAAUGGACCCCAAGAUUUAAACCUACACAUUCCCUAACUCUUAGAAUUCAAACUAAAUCAAUGAAAUCAGAUAUGAGAAUCAUGUGAAUUCUUUACUUUAACGACAUGUCAGCUGAUUAAUUAAUCAUUUAUUUGGAAAAUAAUGAAAUUGCUCCUACUUAAAUUUUCUUAAAUGUAUGGAUUUAUGUGACACCCUAAUCUGUUAUUCUUGUAAGUGGUAUUUUAGCUGUCUUGUCAUAUUAAUUAGUGGUAUUUGGCUGUCCUCCCUUAUUAGUAGCUGUCCUCCCUUAUUAGUAGCUGUCCUAUGUUAGUGAUUUUCAGUCCUGUCUUGUUAGUGGUCUUUUAGCAGUCCUGUCUUGCUAUUACUAGCUGUCCUGUCUUAAUAAUGGUCUUUUUUUCAGCAGUCCUGUCUUGUUAGUAGUGUGUGUACUGUCCUGUCUUGUUGGUUGUAUUAUCUGUCCUAUCCUGUUAGUAAUUUUUUAAGUGUCCAGACUGUAAGAUAUGCCUGGGAUUUGAACUCUAUGUCUUUAUGCAUGUCCAUAGCAUAGAUUUCAGCACCCAGCCUCUCAACAACACCUGCCACCCACACCUGGACUCCCAGAUAUUUGAUACCGGUAUUUAAGAAGUCCUUGAUUCAUGACCUUUGUCACCAUCACUCUUGCUACGACUGAGACCAAGCUAAACACCUAUCAAGUCCCAGCUGAUCAAAUGGAGACAUCAAGCUAAACGCCUAUCAAGUCCCAGCUGAUCAUAUGGAGAUAUUGAUUUGUUGGCUUUUAGCAAGGAUCAUGCACCUCAUGAAAUUGGACCUUACAAAAACAUGUUUGAUUCUCCUGGUGUGCUCUGGGUUAAGUAGGUCAGCAGCUGGUGUAGCAUCAACUGGUUAGUGUCACUAGCCUCAUCUGCCCCUCUGAUGGUGUCCCUUGUCAAAAUUUAUUGGGCAAUUAUUUUUUCAAUUUAAAAAAUUGUGCCUGCCAACUGUUUGAUAACCUAGGGCAGAGGUUCCCAACCUUAUUUUUUGAGUUGUGACCCCCAUUUUAAAGCUGCAAAGUGACCAUUCGACACCAACACAGUCUUAAUAAAAAGUAACAGGUAAUUGAAAACACACAUAAAAUACUACAUUGCAGUAUUAUAAAAUGAUGCAAACCUUUUUAAUUAAAGAUUCAAUUUCUUUCAAAUCAUAAAAUGAAUUAGUCUACUGUUUUAGCUAGA